UUGGUAGCACACUGGACACUGUUGUGACGGCGGAACGUAGUCUCCGGGUGAACGUUAACCGUGACAGCACCGAAACAGUUAAUGGUAGACAAACCCUUGGAGGAGUAACAAGUGUUCACUAUUCGGAAGUUUCCUCUUACUUUGCGAGGAUUAUUUUUCCCUGACUCAAAACUUUUAUUUUUAUGAUUUUCUUUUUUUAUGACAUUUAAAAAAAAAAUUUGAAAAGAUAAUAAGUUUAUCUUCUUACAGCGAACUUUGAGGUUUGAUUUUUUGAGGCCAUGAAAAGCAUCUAGGAUGCGCUGAAUUGGAGCCGUGAGAAGGAGGAUCAUCAUUAUGACGGAGCCCGCGGAGCAUCUUCACCUGGACGGUCCGGGCAGCCCAUCAGGUGAAGCCUUGGAGCAUCUCCCGGCCAGCGAGCGUGCAGUUCCGCAGAACGGCGACAGGGGGCGCCAGAGAGCGCAGCAGCGGGCGCAGAACUGCGUUCAUGUCAACACGGGCAAGUUGUGGCAAAUGCAAGAAGGCGGACGGAGGGGGGUGUGUCCUGCCCCUGCAGCCGGAAACGAGCUCUCCAUUUGCCCCGACGAGCUGCAGGAGACCCCCGACCCCCGAAACUACAGGAAAAACGGCGAGGACCGGGGUCUGCAGGGGCUGCAGGGGAGCCUGAGCCGGGAGGAGGUGGAGGUCGUGGACUCCGACACCGGCUUGGACGCUCGCAUUGGCAGGAAGCGGCACCGGCGCAGGACCUCCCGCAAAAAGCGCACCUGGAAGCCGUACAACAAGCUGUCGUGGGAGGAGAAGAAGGCGCUGGAGGAGCGGGAGACGGCCCGGGCGUCGCGCAUGCGGGAGGAGAUGUUCGCCAAGGGGCUGCCGGUGGCGCCGUACAACACCACCCAGUUCCUGAUGGACGAGCACGACCGAGAAGAGCCCGAUUUGAACACCGAGAGCGGGGCCCGGCGCAGCCUGGGGGCCGAGGACCCCGGCAGCGAGGAGGACCUGUGCGAGCCCGAGGAGGAGGACGAGGACGACGGCAGCGGCGGCGGCGGCAGCGACGGCAUCGGCAGAGCCGGCAGCGCGGGGGGGGAGUUCCUCCAGAAGGACUUUUCCGAGACCUACGAGAUGUACCACGUGGAGAGCCUGCAGAACAUGACCAAGCAGGAGCUGGUGCAGGAGUACCUGGAGCUGGAGAAGUGCAUGUCCCGGCUGGAGGAGGAGAACAACCGGCUAAGGCAGAUGCAGCAGGAGCUGGAGAGACUGAGAGCCGAGAACACGGAGCUGCUGCAGGGCCAGCUCCGCACCAGGGACAUGCAUUCCAACUAAAUAUGGAAGAAAAAAUGUUAAGCAAAAAGGUAAAACAUGGAACUGUAUUUUUCUACCGCGGUUGAAUUGGUUUGAUAUUGGAUAUAUUAGAUAUUAACACUCAUAAAACUUGUGAUACAUACUACUGAUUUUGGUCAAACCACUUGUGAUGUGUGCAUGGUCAUCUAGACUAUAUAUCACAAAACAGUAAUUAUUAAAAAAAAUCUUAUUAAAAAAAAAAAAAAAAAAAAUCAUAUAUAUGGGCUGAUUUAAUGUGGUUUAAUGAUUUCAACACCCAUAAAACUUGUGAUACAUACCACUGAUUUUGGUCAAACCACUUGUGAUGUGUUCAUGGUCAUCUAGACUAUAUAUCAAAAAACAGUAAUUAUUAUAAAAUCAUAUUAUGGGCUGAUUUAAUGAAUUCAACACCCAUAAAACUUGUGAUACAUAACACCAAUUGUUUUAUGGGUGUUGAAUUCAUUAAACCUCAUUAAAUCAGCCCAUAAUAUUAUUU